AUGUUCUCUCCAUUACACACGCGAGAACACGACUGGCCCAUACCGCCCAACGUCCAAAUUGACUGUUGCGCCGAAUUGCAUCACAAUCCAAGUAACAAUGCCGAAGAUCCAGCUCCGUAUUGUAUUCCAGCAACCUUCACCCUACCACUCCCUUCGAAAGCCCUUUUCUUCAUCUCCCGAGGGGCGCUUUCAAAUGGGGUCAUCAACUUCGUCCCAUCCCACUUCCAAUAUAAAGGCGGUUCAGAGGGCGUGGUUGUUGAUGUUGACAUGAACUAUUGGGACCCACCACUCUUGGACAACCUCAGAGUCUGUCAGAUUACGAGGGGAGAUGGGGGCGUGGGCGUUGGUAUAUUCCUGACGAACCAAUCAAAGUCACUAAAUGCCGUAAAUGUAGAGAUCAAGAACUCCCAUAGCCCAAUUCAAGGCGUCAUCAACGCUUGGAGCUCGUUAUCACUCGUUACUCCUAACGCGCUUAUCAAUGUUUUUCUUGUUUCCAUGUCUUGCGUGGUCAUUGCCCAAAGCUAUAUUUGGCAUAACUUGAAAUUGUUUGCUGAGAUUAUUUUCGGGAUUUCUUCAUCACAGGCACAAUUCGUUCCUUGCCAAAAGCGAUCAUCAACGUCUUGUUCAGGCGUCCGUCCUCCUGCAUUCUUGAACGAAUCACUGAUUUCAGUUGUUCAUAUUCCAUGGAAUCGCAAGGAAAUGACAUUCGUAAAUCUUGUGAGAUACCCCCUGCAUUGGUCUCUUAACUCUCACGCCCAAAAAUACCCAGCAUGUUCAAACAGCAUCUCUCUCGCCGAGGAACUCCUCAGCAUAUUCGAUCGACUCAGAACAUCUGAACAAAAUCUUAAACAACGAGAAGAAGACGCCCAACGAAUGUUUCGCGAGAUGGAAUCACUCAGCAAACAACUCCAACAAUCCAAGAGUGAAUCUCUUCAUCUGAAAGAAGGUGUCCUCCCGGAUCUGCACAGAGAGAACAAGCGACUCGUGGAGGAAAACAAGAAGCUGUCGGUCCAACUCAAUGCGCUUAUAGGACGACCUUUUGAGGACGGGAAGGAUUUGUCGAGGAACGCUCAAGCUCCGGCGAUACCUCACACUGUCCAGUCCAACGCGGUUUAUCGUGGGCAUCGCCGCAGGCUCGUUAUGGCCCUUGACGUUGGCACAACGUUCAGUUGCGUCUCAUAUAGCGUUCUCGAUCCAGGUCAAGUGCCAAUGAUCAAGGGCGUCACAAGAUAUCCGGCACAGGAGCAGAUUACUGGCAUGUCGAAAAUUCCUUCCGUGCUUUACUACGACCAAGAGGGAAAGACGCAUCCAAUGGAACUUCCCCCUCUACCUUUCAACAAAUCAGUCGUCGAGGUUUUCGCAGACUAUUUCAAGUACCUUUUCAAUUGUGCUUCCCAAUAUAUCCAAGAUACCCAUGCCAAUGGUCGGCAAAUGUGGUUGGCCGUCAAGGAUGACAUCGAUUUUAUUCUGCCUCAUCCAAAUGGGUGGGAUGUCACCCAACAAACGCAAAUGACAAAGGCGGCAAUUAUGGCUGGGAUUAUUCCUGAUACCCCCUCAGGACGUGCGAGAGUGUCAUUUGUAACUGAAGGAGAGGCGAGUUUGCAUUUUUCGAUGCAGAAUGGCCUACCUGCAGAUGCCUUCCUGGUUUCAGGAGGGAGAUGGUGUGAACACCUUGCUCAAUCCGAGUUCAUCGAUGAACUUGACCACAUUGUUCGCUGUUUUGACAAAACUACGAAACUCCGGUUUCGGGAUUCGGUUGGGCCGCAGUAUGUCAAAUUUGGAGGUACAAGAGACAGUGAUCCCAGCGUCGGCAUUCGGUAUGGACAACUGCUUAUUCCAGGCUCAGUCGUGUCCAAAUUUUUUGAGCCCUCCAUUGACUGUAUCAUCAAUGCGAUUUUGGAUGCUCGAAAUAGUAAAGCGGUUUCGGAUGGAGCGAUAUCCUUUUACCUUGACCGGACCGAUACCCAAGUGUUGGAGAAUAAGGAGUUCAGACAAUCGUAUUUCCGGGAAUCGCAAUCUAGGAAUGACUUCAAGGAUGUUGCGAUCUCUGUCUGGUGUUACAAGGGUCCGUUGUCUCAGCCACCGAUGUGGAGAGACGUGGAUACUGGUCCGUAUUCUCCUUUGAUUAGUUUUCCCGUAUCCCGAACUGUGGCGACUCUCUCGAGCAGGUAAAUACGUUAAAAUUUGGACAAUCAAGUUGGACCUCUCCCAUAUAAAUUCAUCCAGAAGUAACGAGGAACAGGUGAAUUACUCUCGAAUUGAAUACGACCUGGUUUUUCUCUUCGGGUGGACAAAUUUGAAAGUUCAACUAGCGUGGAAAGAAAAUGGGAAUGAGAAAAGGAGUGCUACCACAAUUAUUUCUGAGGAUGCUUGAAAUGUUACGCCUUCUUCCGAACUCUUGGACAGAUUCAAUCUAUCGAAUAUUACGAGCUUACAUUUGACUUGUGAAAAUUUGAUGCCAAGUAUGUCAUCGGUGGAGGGGUGUAGUUGGUGAGGGGGAGGGGGUCGAUACUACUGAGCGGGGUGUCCUGAUGGGAAUGUGAGAGGACAUGUUUUUUUCUGUGCUGCAUGCUGCCCUUGGAUCAUUACUUUGUCGUUAAUCCACAAUCAUUUAUAUAAAAUACCUUGGUUGG